AUGUUCAAAGUUGUCUUCCCGCACAAUGAACAACGCUUGCUCUUUAUCGGGAACAUUUCUCUGAGUCGGUUUAAACGCCUGUCCAAGAGCGGGAACUCCUUCACCCUGCGAGGCGUGCGGAGGAGCGACGCGGGCCAGUACGUGUGUCGCAUCGAGGCCUCGCCGGCCAUCGAGGUGACCCACACGCUGGACGUCCAGUACCCUCCCACGGUGAAAAGGGUCACUCCGGUUCAGCAGCAAGUAGUUCAGGGGUCAAGUGUGACCCUCGAGUGUCAUGCCGACGGCAACCCCCCUGCAGCCAUCAGCUGGAGCCGCCAAAGAGGUCACCUACCCUCCGGGGCCCGCGCUGUCGAGGGAGUGAGCCUCACUCUAGAGGACGUUGACCGACACGUGGAAGGCAUCUACUUGUGCACAGCUUCAAAUGGCAUUGGGCAACCCUCCACCACCAGCAUGGCUGUCGAGGUGCUGUACCCGCCUGAGAUCAUCACGGAGGAGGCGAUUAUCCACACCGGCGAGGGUGACGAGGCUGCCCUCACCUGCAUUGUUCACGGUCGGCCGAGCCCCACCAUCUCCUGGAGCAGCGGCGGCCAGCCUGUCGCCCUGGACUCCCACGUGUCCUCCCGCCACACUCUCCACCGACACACCCUUACCAUCUCCACCGUCACGGAAAAUGACUUUGGGGAUUACAGCUGUACAGCUACAAACUCCCUAGGAGUGAUCAUGAAAACUCUCAGACUGACUGGGGUGCCCAAGGUUCCCAAGGUGACGAGCAGCCCGGCAGGUGCAUGGCCGUCCUCGUACACUCUCAUGUGGCACGCUGAGAGCCGCACACCCAUCGUAAUGUACAGCCUCCAGUACCGUAAAUAUGCAGGUUCUACGAAGAGUGAGUCCACGGACAGCUGGAGUGUCAGCCUCUACUCAGCGCUGACGGCCAUUAGAGAUCCGACUAGUUCCAAGUGGUACACGAACCACACCUUGCAAGAUCUGCAGCCUGCCACAGACUACGAGGUGACUGUGGCCGUGGAGAACAAAUUCGGGUGGUCAGCGAGAUCAGAAGUGUUUAGAUUCUACACGAGUAAAGGCAACACUACUACUACUACUACUACUACU